GUUAAAGUUGUCCUGCCAUCGUUGAGGGUUUUAAUUGUCCGAAAUGGACAAAUCGAAACCUCAAUUCGACAAACCCAAACCUCAUUUCGACGAUUGGGACGAUUACUCUUUUUAUAAGUACAUGAAAAGCUUAAAUCUUGAUCUAUGGGGGAAACAUGAUGGGAGUGGCACAACCUCCAGCGGAACUGAAACUGUCGACGAUUGCAAGGGCCUUGGGGAUGAUGGGAGACCACCGCCAUGGGUCGAGCGAAAACGACACAUUGUGGACGUCAAUAUAAAGUGCUUCUUUUGUCGACAAGCAACGCAAACCGCCGGUGAGCACACGAUAAGUAAUUUCCCAUGUGGGUUAGUGUUUGGUUAUUCUUGUGUCCAAGCUAAAUUGCGAUCAGAAGACAAGAGUUGUCCUGGUUGUGGUGAGAUACACCUUCACCAUGACGUAACGCAACUUGACAUCGGUCCGGAACAGAUGACGGAAAAUCACCAGAAAGAAGCGGAAGAGCCUGUACUAGGCAGUUCGGCGAAUGCCAAUUCAUAAGAGACCACUAUUUUAUUCACCUAGUAUGGUUAACUUAUGUUUCAUGCCCAUAACUUGAUUACAAUCUUCUUUAGGUUGUGUUAUGAUUCGCGGAUUCCUAUGUUUUCAAAACAAAUGUUAUUGCUGAAAUUUUAGUUUCAUUUUGUCGACGCCGUUCACCCACAAUAAAAUUCUAUUUACUA